UUAUGGAGGCCAAUGUGUUGGUCGUGAUGGACAUAUGGGCCGAACAUACUUUGUGGCUCGGACUGAAGGACGACGGUGAAGGACACAUAGCGUGGGUAAACGGAUGGCCAUUGACAUAUACGAAUUGGGAUGUAGACAGCCCUAACUUGAAGACGGGUGAAAAGUGCGGUGUUAUAAUGGAUAAUGGGUUCUGGAACGUGACAGAUUGUGGGGGCAGCUUACCUUUCAUCUGUGCGGCAACCACGGCCAAACCCCCAAGUGUUACUCCUCCGACCCCAGGUUGGUGCCCCAGGGGGCAGGGCUGGGUGGGGCACGGGGCAGGGUGUUACUAUUACGACACGCACGCUCAACUUAACUGGGCCGAGGCCAACUUUGCUUGCUAUGAGCGCGGCGGCCAUCUUGCUUCAUUUCACAACCAAGAGGAUAUCGAUUUCAUACUUGGUGCGCUUGAAAGGGAAAACAGGCCAAGAAAUUUGUGGAUCGGGCUUGUUAGAAGUGAGAAUGAUACCUUUGCGUGGUACGAUGAUACCGUCGUAGACUUCACCCAUUGGGAGCCAGGGCAACCCAAUGACUUUGGCGGGAAAGAAGAUUGUGUAGAGUUCAAGGUCAGCUCUGGUUGGUGGGAUGACACUGAGUGCACGGUGACCAUGGGUUUUCUGUGCAAAACUAGAAUAGUGUCAGGUACGGCAGAGGUGGGAUCUGUUGGUACAGUGUCGGAAAACUGCAGUGAUAUAACUACAUCUCCUGGUAACUUUCAGGAUCUCUCUCUGGAACACGUAGGUGUCGCGAUGAACACGCCGUACGUGGUGGCCGUGGCCGUCCUCUCCGUGAUCGCAGCCGGUCUUGUGGUGGUUGUUGGAGUCCUGCUGAGAAGAAAACAUCGUCGCUCUAAUAUGUCUGCCUCAUUCUUCACCCAGACCAGUGAUGUAGAGUUUACGCCCACCAUGCCGGAAACCUAA